AUGGAUGUCUACUACAACGAAGCUUAUGGCGGAAAGUAUGUCCCGAGAGCUAUUCUUGUUGACUUGGAGCCGGGGACUAUGGAUUCUAUUAAGGCUGGCCCUUAUGGUCGUCUCUUCCGACCUGACAACUUUGUGUUUGGCCAAAGCGGUGCUGGUAACAACUGGGCGAAAGGACAUUAUACGGAGGGAGCUGAGUUGGUGGACAAUGUUUUGGAUGUUGUUAGGAAGGAAGCUGAGGGAUGUGAUUGUCUUCAAGGAUUCCAACUGACUCACUCGCUUGGCGGUGGAACUGGGUCUGGAAUGGGGACUUUGUUGAUUGCAAAGAUUCGAGAGGAGUAUCCUGAUCGUAUAAUGUCUUCUUUCUCUAUUGUUCCGUCGCCUAAGGUCUCUGAUACGGUUGUGGAGCCUUACAACGCAACUCUCUCGGUUCAUCAACUUGUUGAGAACACCGACGAGACGUACUGCAUUGACAACGAAGCUCUCUACGACAUUUGCUUCCGGACUUUGAAACUUCAAAAUCCAACUUAUGGAGACUUGAAUCAUCUCGUGUCUAUAACCAUGUCUGGAGUGACAACUUGUCUUCGCUUUCCAGGCCAAUUGAAUGCUGACCUUCGCAAGCUGGCUGUUAACAUGGUUCCAUUCCCGCGUCUCCAUUUCUUCAUGCCUGGUUUUGCGCCACUUUCGGCUAAGGGCGCUUCUGCCUACCACGCCCAAAAUGUUUCUGAGUUGACUAUGCAAAUGUUUGACGCUAAGAACAUGAUGGCUGCUUGCGACCCACGACAUGGACGUUAUUUGACUGUUGCCGCCAUCUUCCGUGGGCGCAUGUCAAUGCGUGAAGUGGAUGACCAGAUGAUGUCUGUUCAGAACAAAAAUUCUUCUUACUUCGUCGAGUGGAUUCCAAACAACGUCAAAACCGCUGUUUGUGACAUUCCUCCGCGUGGUCUCAAGAUGUCUGCAACAUUUAUUGCCAAUUCCACCGCCAUUCAAGAAUUAUUCAAGCGCGUCUCUGAGCAAUUCACUGCCAUGUUCCGUCGUAAAGCAUUUCUUCACUGGUACACUGGCGAAGGUAUGGAUGAAAUGGAAUUUACGGAAGCGGAAUCGAACAUGAAUGACUUAAUCUCUGAAUAUCAACAAUAUCAGGAUGCUACCGUCGAUGAAGAGGCUGAAUAUGACGAAGUUACUGGGACUGUUGAGCAGGAGGAAUGACUUCAGAUAUAUAAAUGAUAAAUAAGAUCUCGUUAACUGUAUUUGAGAGACAUUUAGGGACUCAAUUAUUGCCGCUUUGCAUAUCUAGAUAACAAAAAACUAACUAGCUUGUCCCUGAAUGUCUCUAUUUUUGACUUUUUUGAUGAUGAUCUUUGUUUGUUUCGUUCUAUUAAAUAUUUAAGAAAAUGAGUAUUUAUAAAUUUUCGAGCUUUUUAGUGUUUUUGCUUUGUUUGGAGCUUUUUUUAGUACUUUACAAACCUUUAUUUGAGAUUGUCAUCCGGCGUAAAGGAUUAAAAAUUACUAGUAUUCUGUACGUCCUGGUGGUCACGAACUACAUUUUAACAAACAUUUAAGUUACCCUAGAAAAAUUUUCAUCACCCUUGUUGAUAAAAGAUCUCUCAAUCUUAUACAUAAUCAUUUAAGCCUCACCAAAAGGCAAAGCAAUUCCAAAAUUUAUCCAAGCUGCCACUUUUACGAGGGCAGGAUACAAUUAGUACCUCAAACUUGGGUAAUUAAACCGAAGACUACAUCAAAAGCAAAAUAUACAAAUAAA